ACACACAAUUCUUGACUGAGGUUUAUUUCAUAAAAGAGAUCGGGUAUUUAUACUAAAAGAUGCGAAACAGAAGAGACAAUGAUAAUAAAAUAAAUAAAUGAAAUGCAGAGCAUAACAUGAGGUAACGCAUAGAUCAAUAAAAGGAGGAAAGACAACGAUAGAGAAGAACACAAGAGCAAGUAUAGUGGUAAGCGCAUGGACCAGCAUGGCAACAGUGAAGGAGUGUGCUUGGACCAAUAAUGCACAUGGUCAUGCAUUAUCGCCAAGACAACGUGUGCGCGGGAAUGGUCAUGACACCAGGACAGUCCCUCGCUGCAAGUUCUGUUGCCGGAAGUUCUCCGGCUGGAAGCUCAGCUGCCGCGGCACGCUUUUCCUUUCAAGUAUCAGAAGAACAAAUCCGAACAUGCCCUCUUUCACUACUGUACGAUCGGUAUUGCGAGAAGACUUGUCUUCAAAUCCCACAGAAAUCAAAUCUGAUUUUCGAGCGAAUGGCUAUUUCAAAGACCAAUUACACAGCGGAUCUACUUGCUAUCAUCCGAGCUACGAUGAUCCAUUGCACGACAAAUAAAUCAGAAACCGAACCUGAUUUUCGCAUUGCUGCAGCGACCCUUUCGCCAAACUAUCCUCAACAAAAAUAUGUUGCAGGACGGAUGCUUUGUCGCAACUUCGAAGACGACGGACGAUCCAACGCUCUUCAAUGCAGAGCAUUCUCAGUAUAUUCACGCGCGGUAUUUUGGUCCCAAAGGGCCUUUCACUCGGACCAAGCAGAAGAAUCCAAACCGGGAAGCGCUGCAUCGAGAAGAGCUCGCGUCUGUUGGAGAACAGAUGCCCAUCACCCUUGUGACACAAACCGAAUUAGCCAUCAAUAUCAAAAGCAUGACAGAAGCGUUCCCACUGAAGAACUCGCAUCUCAAUGGCAUUAUUUCCCGAAAACCACAGACGUCGAUCUCCAUAUAGACAAUGCUGUCGACGACAUCAAUGCUGAUGACGAAGAGGACCCAGUAGAAGAAGUUUCUACUUCCAUCGCAAGCAGUUCCAGAGCUCGUCCAACAGAAGUCUCAACAAAGGGGCCAUCUCGGAGGAGACAACGAGCAUUACAGGCAAUCCUUGCCCAGCUGCUCCUUUCAGACAUACUGUAG